AUGCGUGGCGCUGGAGCUGAAGGCAUCGUCAGCUCGGUCGCCGCUGACGCCGCGGCCACGACCGCAACCCGGUCCUUCGCCCUGAGGUCCCUCGCACCUGCCGUCAACCCGAUGCGCCACGCCAGGGGCUACGCGACGGACCUGCCGGAGGACUUCGAGAGCGCGCGCGAGGACCUGGCGAACGUGCUGCAGAAGGAGAUCAAGUACGAGGGGGACUACCAGAGUCCUGAGGCUGUGUCGCACGCGCCGCCCAACGGAUUCGAACUGUCCAUGGCGCCCGGGAACUGCCGCGUCGUGCUCACGCGCAAGCUCGGCGACGAGACGAUCAAGAUCACGGCCAGCGCGACGCGGGGCGACGAGGACCCGUUCGAGGUUGAGGAGGAGGGCCAGGCGGAGGACGAUCUGAAGGGCGUGGACCACAACAUCGCCAUGCCGUUUACAACCACCAUCACGCGCGGCUCGCAGUCUUUGGUUUUCGACUGCCGCGCCUUCUCCGGGGACCUCGAGAUCCUCACGGUCUCCUGCGAGCCCGCGGGCGGCCUGCCGCUCGCGGACGACGUCGAGCCGUACGAGGGACCGAUUUUCGACGAGCUAGACGAGGAAUUGCAAUCUGCGUUGCACAAUUUGCUGAUCAGCCGCGGGGUCGACCAGGACUUCGUGCCGUACCUGUUCGAGCUGCUCGCGGACAAAGAGCAGAAGGAGUACACCGCGUGGCUCCAGGCCGUCCGGGACUUCGCGCAAUCCUGA